ACUCAUUUAUUCUGUAUUGUUUGUUUUUUUGAUGGAUGGAGUGUGAAAAAUGAACAAUGUUUUACAAAAGUUUUCUCUAAAAGAAAUACAGAAAAAAGCCUUUAUUUGGAUUGUACUUGCAAGCCUCAUAUUUCUUUUCUACUUAUCACUGCAAGCAACAAAUACUGGGUUUUCAGAAAAACCACUGACAAACAAAGCAUCAUCGACAAAAAAGUCAAAUACAGUAAGCAGUGCAAAUAAUGUGAAGCAGUUGGGUGUGGUUAUUCCUUCAACGACACUGAAUAACAUCGGGCAACAUGAUUUGUCCGCAACUAAAGUUUUACCAAUGGCAACAAUUCAGACAAAUAUGAGCAUUGCUGUUGAUUUUGAUAUUAAUAGCACAGAUGUUAUGGUGGUUCUGCACAUGCAAAAGACAAGUGGCUCUACUUUUGGCAGACAUUUAGUCCGUGACUUAGAACCUCCAUUCACGUGUGAAUAUGUACAAAAAAAGAUGUCUCUAUGCCCACGCCCAAAUGGGCAAGAGACCUGGUUAUUUAGUCGUUUCUCAAGAGGAUGGAGGUGCGGAGUACAUGCGGGAUGGACUUCACUCACAGAAUGCGUUCCCCUUUUAUUUCAUGAUCCAAAAUUGGAACGAAGGUAUUUUUAUAUAACAGUCUUGCGUGAGCCAGUUGCAAGGUUUUUGAGUGAGUGGGGGCAUGUGAGACGAGCAGCAACAUGGGAUCAACAUAAGUUUUUAUGCAAUAAAGUUCAGACUCCACAAAAAGUGUGCUGGGGUGAAGCCCUAGAUUGGCGCAAUGCCUCAUUAGAGGAAUUUAUAAACUGUGACAUUAACUUUGGAAGAAACCGACAAACAAGAAUGCUUGCUGACUUGAAACUUGUGAACUGCUCAGCAUUUGGUGAUGAAGAACACGAUAGAAUUAUGUUGAAAAGUGCCAAACACAAUUUGAUGUCAAUGCCGUUCUUUGGCUUGGCAGAAAGGCAAGUUGAUUCUCAAGCUCUUUUUGAACAAACUUUUGGCAUAAAGUUUACAAAACAAUUUGUUGAUAAGUCAGAAACUCAUGUGUCCAACAUUGUUCUAGAUGAAGAAGUUUCAGAUAAAAUCAGGAAACUUAAUCAUCUGGAUGUGCAGCUGUAUAAAUAUGCAAAAGAAAUAUUUGCGAGACGUUAUGAACGAAUUCGUAAAGACAAGCAGAAGUAAACUCAAUAGAUGCAUCACACCGCCUCUACUAACAUACAUCUUGCACUAUUUUUCUUAUUUUUGUAUCUUAGUUCACUUAAAGUUGUUACUGUAUUUCUUGUCACCGCCUUUUGUUGAACUAAUCGGUGCUUAAAAAGCAAGGUUUAAAAAAUCUUCUUCCUUUUACCUAGCUCUUCUGCAGCUGGUAUUGACAGAUUCAUAGCUAUACUUGGGCAUGAUGUAUGCUACUUAGCUAUACUUGGGCAUGAUGUAUGGUAGUUACACAUCGUUUUUUUCUACUUUUUACAGUAUUAUAAAAUUAUGUGUUGCUUCGUUUAAUCUUAUUUAGAUUGUUAUCUGCAGUUAUAGCAAGUUGCAUAUUUGUUGCUUGUAUUUUCGAAGCUUUUGAAUUAACGUUGUUUGAUUUGCCGCAAAUCAUUUACCCUUGCUUUUUCACUCGCCGACGUUGGUUUAUAUUUACCAACCCUGCAAAGUUCCAUUUGGUUUAAUGCAAAGUAGCUGUUGAUGAUGUUCAUCACUGUUUAUGUACAAUGUACAUGCUGCGCCAAAAACCUUCAAAAACUGAAAA